AUGAUCCGACGACGAGGACAACACACAACAACAACAACGAAUGACGGUCUACGGCCAGACUCAACCCUCCAACAACGUUACAUACUACUCUUCAUCUUUGCCACAUCAUUAACCCUCGCCACAGCCCUCAUACAUCAGCCACUCUCAGCAGUCCCAUUCCACAAGAUAUUCUGUUUCUCCCGUGCAGCCUCAUGCCUCGCAGCCACCCAAGUCUUCGCAUCCCCCUCUUACACCUUCUGGCCAUGCAUUCGCUGUGGGUGUGCAGAACAUAUCAAGCUACCUUUAUCUCCCUGCAUCGUGUACUGCCCUGAUAACAAACCGUUCCCGGAGCAGGUUCAAAUUCGUCGUAGCGGUCUAGUUAGAGUUCCACCUCCCAUCUUGAACACGGGGAACAGAGGGCUUAUUUCUCAUGUAUGUUGCAUAGCAUCUCUUGCAGUUGGAGUUUGA